CGCCUCCAUGAUGGAUCUUUAAAAUUGUGAAAAAGUUAGGCCGAGACACUUGCUGCGCAUGCGCAGAGUCCGCAUCAACAUCUCGGUGGGUGUGUGUGUGAACGCUCCUUUGGCUGUGUUUGCAAUGCAGCCUCUGUUACUGGUGGAUUCCUCAUUGCCUGGGAAUGAGGAAAGCCACCCCCACCUUCCCCUUAGAGAGAGACUGCUGGAGGCUUUAAGUCUAGGGAAAUACCGGCACUACUACAUUUCCCAUCAGCCCUUUAACCACAGUCAGGAGGAGGAGGAGGAGGAGCGGUGCAUUGAGAAUGUCCUCAGGGUGCGCUCCCCCUCCCUCCCCAGCUCUCUGUGCAGAGCGAGAGAUGAACAGACGAAGGGGGGAGGGAGCGAGAGCGAUAGUGACCUGCUGUUCUUCUCUUUUGCCUCAUCCUCCUCCUGCCUGUUCCUUUCCUCGUCAUCAGAAGGCGAGACCGUUUCGCGGAUCAGUCAGGGCCGCUCGCGUAAACGAAAGCGCUUUCGCACGCUCUUCAGCAGUCAUGGCCUGAGCUCAUACAGCGCCAUGGGCAACCAGGAUGCGAAGCCGAAGCGCUCUGUCCCCGUGGGAGAUGGAGAGAGCGCGGUGGAUGAGUGCAGCCAUGCUGACACCACAAAGAAAGGAUUUCACACCAAGAAAUCCCACGGCAAGCAUGGCAAGGGUGGAGACGGAGGAGGAAAGAAGAAGGGCAAGUCCGAAUCCAAAUCGGUCUUCAACAUCCGCAAGCGAAAAAAUCUAGCCAAGGUUAAGGGCCUGCUCAGCGGCUCGCGAGAAGAUGCUCUGGACUCGCAGCAUGACGAGCUGGACACCAAAACACCCGAGCUGUCGGCCGAUGAACUCGGCCAAUCCGACGCUGAGGACCAGAGACCUGUUCUCUCCGAUAACAACAGCAGACUGGAGACGCCGGACGCUCCAGAGAAGAAGGCCAGCUCUGGAUCGGAUACGGAUAUUUACAGCUUUCACUCUGCGGCUGAGCACGAGGACCUGCUGGCUGACAUUCAGCAUGCCAUCAGACUCCAGCAGCAGGGAAAAGAGUGGAAACAAAAUGGCAUCCCCGAGGCUGAAAAUAAACAACGCUUCUACACCAAAUCAGAGCCGUUCACCAUGCUGGAGAUGCCUCGCUGUCAGGAGAACGGCCUGGGGACACACUCUGAACUCGUUAAGAGCGAUACAGAUGGAAAAAGAGAUGCUGCGAAGAAGGGGGACGAGAAGAACGAAGCGGGAGAGAAGGAGAGGUGGGGGGAGGAGAUUGGUAACGGCAAGACCGGUGCUUCCGAGCUGGCCCUUUGUGCUGCUAUCACCGUAGCAACUGAGACAAAAGAGCCAGAGGCAGCGCUUGACGCAGCCCCCUUCGUUGCUGAGGAGACGGUUGAGGAGACAGUCGGAAGGGUUGUGAGUUUAGUCACCAAGACAACCAGUGAGGCCAGCUUUCCAGACUUCACGGCUUCGUUUGAGAGUGCGGUGGAGGUCGCUGAGGAAGUGGAGGAAGAUGACAAUGUGGAUCUUCUGCUUCAAGAGGAGGACUCGAGUUCGGACACGAAACGGCCAGAGACUGGCGCUUCAUCAUCAUCUCUGGACAUCGAAUGCAUCGACGCCGAGGUUUUGACCGCUGAGCCGACCGCAGGCGAUAAGGAGGAAGAUGAAGAGGAAGUGCCGAUUGCAAGGGGGAGGAAGAGUAGUAUAUCGCUUCCACAGUGGCUCCAGCAGGAGAGUCCUGUAGCCACGAGGCACGUGAAGCCCAGCAUCCCAACAAUCGGCAGUCCAGUAGUAAAACCCUACCCUCCCAUCCACCCUUCAUACAUCAAAACCACCACGCGCCAGCUUAGCUCACCUGUUCCUUCUCCCGUACCCUCGCCCUCCCACAGCCCACUCUGCACACGCCGCUCCCAUGAGGCUCCACCCACCACCAACACCAUCGCCGCCACUCGGGCAGGACGGAUGCGCCCAAAACAACGGCAGCGCUCUUACAGCGUCACCGGACCCAUCAGUCGCUCCGCCGAUUGGACCGAAGAGCUCCGUCCCCUUCCACCCAAAACCGGCUCAGAGGACUUCCUCGAGUACGGCGGCUCAGAGGGGACGCUCCGGACAGGAGUGACGCCGCUUGAGGCUGGUCGCAGGGCUUCAGCCGGACAAGUCUCCACCUGCAGCUUUCAGGAUGUGUUCACAGGACGCACUCUGUUGGAGAGGUUCUUCCAGCAGCAGGAGAAGUCCGGGUGCGAAGAAGAGGCGGAGAAGCUGUGCUCGCGAAUCCUUGCCAUGGGGCUCCUCCUGCCCUUCAGCGACUGUUUUGGAGAGCAGUAUGGAGGAAGCAGCACCCACGUCAGCCCUCAGUUCAGCCAAGAUCAGCUGUACACCUGGGCCCCGGUGAGUCAGCCCCCCCUGUCGCUGGAGCACUUCGAGGGCCGUUUACCGGGUCACAUCAAGUCCCUGUGGCCUCCCGCUCGAGCCGAAAAUGACGAUCGACCAGGACUGAAGUACACUGAAGCAGAGCACCAAGCUGUUGUAUUAGGGUUGAAGAAACAACAGCAGGAGGAAAUCCAGGAGAUUCAGGAAGAGUCCGUGCUGAACACCGUGCGCCUGAAGCAGGAGCACGUGACCGUGAUUCAGCAGCUGGAGCAGACGAUUGAGGACCUACGCAGCAAGAUUGCCGAGCUGGAGAAGCAGCAACACCCCCUGCAGGACCAUGAUGUCAGUACGCAGGAGCAGGAGUGCGGAGAGGACGAGAGUUUCUUGCCGGAUGUUUGCCAUGUGGACCUGCAGACGGAGACCUGCGCUCUCCUUGCAUUAGAGGCAAAAUCAGUGCAGACUUCCCCUACAAAUGAGAGCUUUACUUUCAAAGUGCCUUCUUCAGAGCAGAGCAGCUCCGAGCAGCCUCUGCCCACACCGAGCGAGCCAUCACUGGGAGCGGUGACAGAAUCUCAGCCAGCAGGGACUGGUUCUCCUAAAUCAGGACAGUUUGUGUGUACGUGUCAUCAGCAACAGUGGCCUCCACCUCCUCCUCCACCCCCAUUGCCUGGUUUAUCUGUCCUGCCACUUGCCCCACCUUUACCUGCAGUGUCCCUACCUCCCCCUCCUCCACCUCUCCCUCCACUAUCAGAGCCCUCUGUUCCCCAAACUGCUACAACUCUACCUCCUGCACCACCACCACCUCCACCUUUACCUGGACAAACAUUACAUCCACCACCACCACCUCCUCCUCUACCAGGGUCAGUUGUUCCAUCACCCCCGCCCCCUCCACCUCUGCCUGGACAGGCUGCAAUGCCACCACCCCCACCCCCUCCACCUCUGCCUGGACAGGCUGCAAUGCCACCACCCCCACCACCUCCACCCUUACCCGGAAUGGGUGCGCCCCCACCACCUCCACCCUUACCCGGAAUGGGUGUGCCCCCACCACCUCCACCCUUACCUGGAACGGGUGCGCCCCCACCACCUCCGCCCUUACCUGGAACGGGUGCGCCCCCACCACCUCCACCACCCCCUCCAGGACUGACUGGCCCUCCAGCUCCCCCACUCCUCCCAGGUGCCUCUGGCCUUCCUCUCCCCAGCAAUUUUGGAUCUCUGCCUCCUCCACUUCCUUUUGGACUGUAUGCUCUGGCUGCAGCCCAGGAGAAGGUUCCUCGAAAAGGACUGGUGGAGCCACCACACCCCAUGAAGCCUCUCUACUGGACCCGCAUCCAGCUCCAUGCCAGAAAAGAUUCCAACCCCCUGGUUUGGGAGAAGAUUGAAGAGCCCUCAGUGGAUUUUGAGGAGUUUGUGGAGCUUUUCUCCAAGACUGCAGUGAAGGAGAAGAAAAAGCCCCUCUCGGACACCAUCACCAGGACUAAGACGAAACAGGUGGUGAAGCUGUUAAACAAUAAGCGCUCUCAGGCUGUGGGGAUUCUCAUGUCCAGCCUCCACCUCGACAUGAAGGACAUCCAACACGCGAUACUAAACCUGGACAACACCGUGGUGGACCUCGAGACGUUACAAGCUCUGUACGAGAAUAGAGCGCAGGCGGACGAGGUGGAGAAGAUCGACAAGCACAUCAAGUCCACCAAGGAGAAGGAGGGAGCCAAACCUCUGGACAAACCUGAACAGUUCCUGUUCCAGCUCUCACAAAUUCCCGAGUUCUCAGGAAGGGUCUUUUGUAUUUUGUUUCAGUCAACGUUUUCCGAAUGCAUUUCGUCCGUCCUGCGCAAACUGGAAAUCCUACAGAGAGUGUGUAAGACUCUGCAAAGUGGUUCUGGCGUGAUGCGGGUUCUGGGUCUGAUUCUGGCUUUUGGAAACUUCAUGAACGGAGGGAACCGAACCAGAGGACAAGCAGACGGCUUCGCACUGGACAUCCUGCCCAAGCUCAAGGACGUCAAAAGCAGCGACAACACCAGAAGUCUGCUGUCUUACAUCGUCGCUUACCACCUGCGACACUUUGAUGAGGACGCUGGCCGGGAGACGUGUGUGUAUCCUCUGCCCGAGCCGCACGACCUGUUCCAGGCGUCUCAGAUGAAGUUUGAGGAUUUUACUAAAGAUCUGCUGAAGCUGCGAAAAGACCUGCGAGCAUGCACUGCAGAGGUUGAGAAGGUGUGUAGCGUCUCCACUGAAGAUCACCUGCAGCCCUUCAAGGACAAAAUGGAAGAGUUUGUGUGCCGAGCUAAACAAGAACUGGAGGCCCAGGAAAGCCAGCUAAAAGAAACUCACAAAACGUUCCUGGAGUUGACAGUGUUCUUCUCUGUGAAGCCUAAGAGCGGCGAGAAAGAGGUUUCGCCCAACACGUUCUUCUCGGUGUGGCACGAGUUCUCCACUGAUUUCAAAGACCUGUGGAAGAAAGAGAACAAGCUGAUCUUGCAGGAAAGGUUAAAAGCAGCAGAGGAAUGUUUUAGACAAGCCAAGGAAAAAGCCACGUACAGCGUCAAACCCAAGCACGCCUCUGGAAUUAAAGCGAAGCUGGGCAUGAAGAUCUAACAAGCUGGACUUUUUAAUCCUAAAAAUGAAAUAAAAACCCUUACGGAUCAGCUGUGAGGUAGAGUGCAUGGACUGCAGACAUGGGCUAUUUUGUGUAUUAAAAAUUCAUACUUCUGUGUCACACGUGCACUCACACACACACACACACACACACACACACACAAUAAUGUAAUGUAGCAGCCCUCAAAAUGUUCAUCUGCAGCAUACAUACAGGAAGUGUGUCAUGUGAUGUCAGAACCUAUCAGUGUGCGCGCCCUCAUGGGUGAAUUGCCGUGUAUGUAAACUGGAUCGUACCUAGUUAAAAGGAAAAGACAUGAGAAGUAUGUGCUACCAGUGGUGAAAAUGAAAAGAAAUUAAGCUUGAUAAAUGGGGAAUGUGUGUAUUUUCCCCUCAACUUGUUUAAACUGCAGUAUUUUCUCUGAACCGGUCCCUCGUUGCCGUGGAUCACCAGCAGUAUGACGACGCAAACACUCCAUUUUGUUUUAGGCCAGUUUCUCAGAUAAAAAUGAAGGCAGUCAUUCUUUCGUCAUCAGUGUAAUACUAAAAAUGCUUUAAAAAAAAAAAAAAAAAAAAAAAAAAAACGCUUUUUCAAGCUGUAUUUAGGCUCCCGCCCCCCCCUUCCUUCCAUUGUGGAGUUCCUAUAUCACGAAUAACGUAAGCAUUAACUGUAACACGGUGUUACACGUCAGUAUAAGUGGCUUAAGCAGAGCUCCUUAAAAGACUGCACAGGAUCUGCGAGCUCGCACUAACGGGGAGAUUAUCGGGGAGAUUAUCAGGAAGCAGUAGGACACCUGAGGGAUGAGCAUUCACGUAAACGAGAGCGAAGUCCGCCUUAGUGAUGAUCAGGUACAUGCAUUGUUCUUCCUACUUCAGCAACAGAGGUAUUCCAGUUCCAGCUGAAGUCGUAGAGCUGUAUUGUCUGUUUAACCCAUCAUGUCUGUUUAACGGAUCAUGGCAGAAAAAAAUGUUUAAUAGGGAUUAUUUUUAAAUGGCAACAUACAAGACUUGCUUAAAAUGUAUUUAAAAAUGCCAUUAUUUUAUCUAAUGUAAAGUAGUAUUAGCAUCUUUAUGUAAGAUAAUUCAUGUGUAUAUUUCUUUUUUUUUUUAUUUUUUUUUUUUUUUUUUUUUUUAUAACUUAAUUUUUUCUGUCUCAGCAUGUAUGUGUUCAGUGUCAAUCACUCUGGUUCAAGAGCAAGGAGGGUCUGCCCACGUGCAAUAACUGUUUGUAUCUUUUUGUUUGGGUAUUUUUUUUGGAAAUAACAUAAUUUAUGUAAAAUAAAGAGAAAUAAAUUAAAGGGUUGGUCUGUCAUUUGAACCAAACGCUAUUUUUAACACUGACAUCAUGUCUGGAGAAAUGUGAAGAUGCUCUAAAGCCACAUUGGGAAAUAUUACAGUACACUUGUGUAGAUAACAUGGAAAAACAGGUAAUAUGGCACAAUUACGAACUACCUUUUUCUAAAUAUUUACUUGUUUCUAUGAAUAAAUAAUAUUAAACUAGUUAACUCUGCUGUGUGUGUAUG